AUGGACAUCAUGGAAGCCCAAAGUGGGAAGGCGACGCUGUGUGACCCCCCCGGCCGCAUCCUGCUCCCCCCGCCCCGGUGCCGAGUGAGCGCGGGGGCCGUGCCCGGCCGCGGGGGCGCCGCUUCCCCCGCUCAUCCCUCCGUUCCCGCAGUGGAUGUGCCGUUCCAGGAGUACGUGGAGCAGCUGCUGAAGCCGCAGGACCCGGCCCGGCUGGGCAGCGACACCCUCUACUUCUUCGGGGACAACAACUUCACCGAGUGGGGCCCCCUCUUCCAGCACUACGUGCCCCCUCCCUUCCGCAUCCCGGGCACCAGCCCCGCCUACAGCUUUGGGAUCGCAGGCUCAGGCUCUGGCGUUCCCUUCCACUGGCAUGGCCCUGGUUUCUCCGAGGUGAUUUUCGGCAGGAAGCGCUGGUUUCUGUACCCACCGGAUAAAACCCCGCACUUCCACCCCAACGAGACGACGCUGGCCUGGCUCCAGCACACGUAUCCCACCCUGCCACCGGCCCAGCGCCCGCUGGAGUGCACCCUGCGCCCCGGGGAGGUCCUGUACUUCCCUGACCGUUGGUGGCACGCCACACUCAACCUGGACACCAGCGUCUUCAUCUCCACCUUCCUGGGCUAGGGCUGGGACACAUCACCACCAUCCCAGCCAGGGCAGGAGCUCCAGCUCCUGCCACCCUCAGGGAAAGGCAACUGAUAUUGGGACCAACUGCCUGAGAAAGUUCUGGUUUUUACUGGUCUUUACCCUCCCCUUUGGAUUAAAGUUGUUCCACUGAA